AGACAGCCGGGUGACCCAAGCCCAGUACCAACAGAGCAGUGAACGGAGCUCCUCAUCCUAGAGCAGAAAACCCCAGAUAGAUAUAUCGUAGGCAACGCAAUCACUGGCUACACUUGGAGCUGUGGGUAUCCGUUGGAAGCACCAUCCAUGUCUACAUCUCUAACCAGAAUACAUCAUUGACUACGUUACGAUACAUAACUAUUCAGUGGCUGCACAUCGUGAUAAUUUUUUUUCCUGCCGAGAACCGUGCUCCUGAUAUUACUCUGUCGGUGGUUUCAAUUGAUGGUAUUGUGCAUGGUGCUAGACAAGACCCACGUUGCUCAGGAGUAAACGCAUACACACUCUGGCGACUCAGAUCCGACACAAGCGUUAUCUAUGAUUGCACAGCUACAAUAAGAGCGCAUUGUUGUCUUACCUGCCCUCUGUGUGACCCUUAUGUGUCCCCGUGGACCCACUUACCGUAUUGACUAGUCUGGUCUAUUCAUUACACACAGCGACACAUCGUUCCACCCAGGACUCAUGGUGACAGACUAAACUACUCACGACACGCACCGACAUAUUAUUGUCCCAGCGAGGACACAUCGUCCCACAAAUCGACACACAGUGACAGAUUUGCUAAGACUACUCACGACACAUCGCCUCCCACAUCAACACAUCGUCCCACGAAAGACACAUCGCCCCACCCAGGACACACGGUGACAGAUUAGACGAGACUUCUCAAGACACAUCGUCCCGCCCAUCGACACAUCGCCCCACCCGGGAUACAUUGCCCAUCCAAGAACACACCAUCCCACGUAUCGAGACAUGGUGACACCCAGCGACAUGCGAGAAUACAUGGCGGGACUCAAACCGUCUGUACUCUGCACACAGGACGAGCAUGGCGCGGCUAGCAGCCUCUGUGACCCGAUUGAUCUGUCCAACGCUUGCAGAGCUUUCUACCGCACACGGGUGGAGAGUGCUAGGAGAAUGAAGGAGAGAUGGAAAGAGGAGGAGGAGAGGGAGGAGGAGAGGGAGGAGGGAGAGAACGGCACUUCAGGCUCCGACACAGCGAUGACUUCACCCUGUCGACGUCGCAAUUCUCUUGACGUUGCCAUGGCAACUCUGAGGAAGGAAAUAGACAGAGCUAUGUGCAGCUUCCUGGACACUCCAGUCUCUCUCUUCAAAUAGACGGCAGUUCUCUAGAUGACCAAUGUCACUCAAAUCUUGAACUUGCGGCCAAUACCCAGCUGACCGGACAGCGCCAGAGAUCUGGAACUAUCCUGGAGCAAACGGAGCUCGCGACUGAAGCUGGGCGCAGGCAUGACAUGUCCUUAGUGGUGGGAAUGGAGGAAGGCAACUGUGUCCAGGCUGUCAAUGCCCAACCUUCCAAUGUCCUAUCUAACAGUUUCCAAUCUUUCAAUGCCCAGCAUCCCAAUGUCAAGUCUACCAGUGUCGAGUCUUUCAGUGACCGUAUGACAAGCUCCCAUCUGACACCCAGUCACGCACAAGGUACUUUCGGUCAACACUCCAUUGACUCCAUGUUGUCGGAUACUGAUCCAAAGGAAUUCGGAGAUGCCCAGACGCUCCGUCCAGUGCAAGUUGUUCUUCCAGCACCCAAGUCACGUGACUCGAACCCUUCAGUGCCAGGCACAACACUUGUCCUGAAAGACUCACCCAACAGAAGCUUAAAACUACCUGCGACCUCAACCCUACCGAAAUGGCCAGCACCAUUCAGUCCCAAACCGUCCGCUUCGGUCAACGACUCCAGCAGACCUCCUGUGGACGAAUUGCCUAGAUACAGACCAGACAUAGUGGUUAAGUCUGAGAAAUCAAAUGCAACCACCGGUCGUGCUUCACGGAUUCCUACUCAGCCUCUUGCAAGUACAGCAAACCCUCUACCCACUGCACCUAGAGUAGCAGCACAGGAACAGCCAGUCCUUUACGCUGUGCCAAUGAAAGUCAAGUCACAACUGGCCCCUGAUCCCUUCCCAUCGUCGCGAAACGGGAAAACGCUGGCCGUGACAGUUGCAAAUGUAGAUAAUAUGGCUACAACAACAACCACAUCAAAGACAGCAGCAGCAGCAGCAACAAAAACAGCAACAACAACAGCGACAACGAGUGCAACAUUUAGGACUGGGCUCCGUCUUCCCACCUGGCCUACCCCGCCGGCCCCGCCCUCUCCACCCCCCUGGCCACUUGCCCGUCUUUGCUCUGCUGAAAACCCGUCUCCACCCACCUCUCUCCCUCGUCCGUCCUCUAUUCGCCCCACUGUUGUAGGCAAGUCCUCUACCCUCCCCACUACCUCCACUCGCAGUAAUAUCCCGGUACGGAGCAGGCAGACAGAAAGAACUGGAAGCCUCAGGCGCCGCCUAGAGCUCAGGUCAGUGACGUCACGAGCCCCAUCUCCGCUUACUGACAGUCCGCUGUGGAGUUCCAACAGAUACUCCCCCUCCCCUUUUUCUCGCAAUUCCUCCCUUUCUGCGUCUCCCUCCCCCAUUUCCUCCCCCUCUGCAUCUCCCUCCCCCAUCUCCUCCCGAUGCGCCUCUCCCUCUCCCACAUCUCCGUACUGCUCAACUAGACUCCCUGUUCCUUCCACUUCUACUCGCGACCGCUCCACGGCGACUGUAAUCAAAGGGCAGACAAUUCUCUACUCCCCAAAGAACAAACCAAGCCCUGCCCCUCUCGGGGGGCAACCCGGCACAGUGGCUCCUCGUUCACCGCUCACGCAGAGACCACGCCCACUGCCAGAGAGAGACGACAGGUCACCGGUGCUCUCCCCAAAACCGACCAGGAGGUCACAGGUCUCGACUGCAAGGUCGAACGGUCUGUUGAUCGGACAAGGAAAGGCAUCGAGUGGAGGCCAACUCGAGGGUCGUGACGCUGUAGCAACAAGAAGAUAUGGGAACAAGCAGUCGUGAUACAUAAUGUUGUGGCUGCAUUGUGAUGUUCCCACAGACACAUAACGUAUUCUAACUAUUAAGCGAUGUUCCCACAUACAACAACGAUUUUAUUGCUUAGAGUCAAGCAGCAAUAAUGCCAUGUGAUCUCAAAGAGUCUUGGAACAAAUUCAAUAGCUACUGAACAAUGUGACAUCAAAUGUUAGUGAUACUGUACUCAUAAUGUCGAGUGGCCUCUGAAA